AUGCUGCCAGUGCUUGCUGUCUGCCUUUGGCUGGGACCAGCCGCCUUGUUGCAGGGAGCACCGUGCGAACGUGUCAGAAUCCCGAUGUGUAAAACAAUGCCCUGGAAUAUCACUCGGAUGCCCAACCACCUUCAUCACAGCACGCAGGAGAAUGCUAUUCUCGCCAUCGAGCAAUACCAGGAACUGGUGGACACCAACUGUAGUCCACUGCUGCGCUUCUUUCUAUGCGCAAUGUACGCACCCAUCUGCACGUUCGAGUUCCUUCACGACCCCAUCAAACCGUGUAAGUCCGUUUGCCAGACGGCAAGAGACGGUUGCGAACCUCUUAUGAGAAGGUACAACCACAGCUGGCCGGAGAGUCUGGCAUGCAGCGACCUGCCUGUUUAUGAUCGGGGGGUUUGCAUCUCUCCGGAGGCAAUUGUCACUGAUGGGCUUGCAGAUGCCAUGUGGAUGGACAUCACCCGCGAUAUGAUCGUACUGGAGCCUGCUGACUGCAAGAGUUGGAACGCAGGUCGUUGUAAAUGUAAAAAAAUUAAACCAACGCUGAAAACAUACUUGGAAAAGAACUAUGAUUAUGUUAUCCGAGCCAAAGUAAAAGAUGCGAGCAGAAGUGGUUGCAAUGAAAUCACCACAGUGGUGGAGGUUUUAGAGACAUUCAAGUCAUUGGUACCUAUCCUGCAGACUCACAUAACCCUUCUUACCAACUCUUCGUGCUCAUGUCCUCAACUGCCACAUAACCAUGACCUGCUCAUUAUGUGCUAUGUGUUGCAUUCACGACUGAUGCUCUUUAAUGGAUGUUUAGCUGAAAAAUGGAAAGAUCAAUGGUCUAAACGACUUAAGCGCUGGGAACAAAGACUAGAUCAGCAACAGCAGAUGCGUAUCAUGCAAGAAAGAAAGCAAAAUGCAGGACGUAGUGAACACAGUGGUGGUCCAAAGUCAAAUUCAAAGAAUGCAAAUAAAACUCCUAGCAACCCCAGGAAGAUCAACAAAAAUAAAGGCAAGAAGGAAGCCAAGGAAGUAUGA